AUUCUCUAUUUCUUAAACAUAUUUUUUUUUCUUUUCAAUUUUAGCCAUCUGUAUACAUUUUCCCAUCCCCCCACAUAUUCCCAAUUUUCCCUCCCCAAAUUCUGAGUUUCCCUCCCCUGGUAGACCUAAUUAUUUCCGUCCCUCUCCCAAAUCUCCAAAUUUUGGAGUUGAUUUUGCUAAAACUCAAAAACCCAUUUGAACCUAAUUGCCAAAUUCAUUUCCUCGACUCUAAUCCAUCAACGACAGGAGGUCAAUAGGUGAGUUUGUGUUGAUUUUGGGUGAUUUCUUCUUAAUCCUCUUUGUUUCUUCUCUCUGCCAGUGGUGUUGCUAACGCGGAUUGGAACAUUCUCGAUGAUGCGACGGAGUUUGACCUCUAGGUCAUCCUCUUCCUCCUUUAACACUGGCUUCUCAUACUCCACAAUCGCCGUCGAUCCCACUGCAGGAGGACGCGGCGAUAGUCCCGAUUUCUAUUCCGCCAACGCUAACUGCAUGUUCGCGUCCUUCGGUCUGCCUGUCAACAUUUUGUCUCAAAACCCUAACAAAACUGAGACUUUAUGGUUUUUAGGAAGAUAAUUUAACUCAUGUUUGAGUUUGAUGAUAAUUUGUAGGGUUUUGCAUAAUCAAGGGAUUUGGGGUUGCAGAAUAAGUGCUACAGGGGAGAGAGGUUGCUGCUCUGGAUCUGCUUGAAACCCAUUUCUCCCUUUUUCUACCACUAUUUCCAUCUGUCAUCUCUCGAUUUCAUUGUUUCCUCAAGUUUUAGGGCCUCAUCUGGUGAAGCUUCAUGGCUUCUAAGCGGAUUUUGAAGGAACUCAAGGAUUUGUAGAAGGUUCGAGAAAAGGUCUACUACUAUUUCAAAAAACAUACAAGAAUUUGUCUGCUGAAGGAUUUGCAAGAAUGUUAUAUAAGAGUGGAAGACGUCUGUUGCUACAACUACUUCAUCCAAAUUGUUCACGUUAUUUAAGUCCUGAUGAUCUAGCAUCUCUAAAUUUAUCAAUUCCUUCUCUCAGUGCUGGGGUAGAUUGAUCUUUUGUAGAACUAUCUUAAGAGUGGUGAUCCAAUACAAAUGUCCUAAAUCU